AUGAGAGAAGUGCCGAGGGGAACAAACCAAGCGUGUAUCAAAUCAAAAGAGUAUCAAACCAAAAGAGUAUCAAACCAAAAGAGUAUCAAACCAAAAGAGUAUCAAACCAAGCGUGCAUCAAACCAAACGGGAAAAAGAAAAUAUAGAGAAAUAGAGCUGCCUCGUUUUGAGGGAAUCGGAAUCUCCUUUGCAAUUAUUGGCAUACUUUUCUUAGUCAAGAUGGUUCGAAUGAGCGUACUGGCUGACUGCCUGAAAACGAUUAACAACGCAGAGAAGCGAGGAAGGCGACAGGUGUUGAUAAGGCCCUCGUCCAAAGUCGUGAUAAAAUUUUUACAAUACAUGCAGAAGAAGGGCUACAUUGGGAAUUUUGAAAUAGUUGACGAUCACAGAUCAGGAAAAAUUGUGGUUAACCUGUUGGGACGAAUAAAUAAGUGUGCCGUCAUAUCACCCAGGUACGACGUGAAGCUGGAAGAGAUCGAAAAAAUUAUCACCAACAUUCUACCCAGUAGACUCUUCGGUCACUUAAUCCUGACGACCCCCUACGGCAUUAUGGAUCAUGAGGAAGCGAGAAGAAAGCAUACAGGAGGAAAGGUCCUUGGGUUUUUCUUUUAA